AAACUGAUACAAAGAAAUAAAAAGGAAGGAAGGAAGGAAGGAAGGAAGGAAGGAAGGAAGGAAGGAAGGAAGGAAGGAAGGAUUGUGGGGAGGGGCAGAAGAGAGUUAAGGAGCCCUGGAGCAGAUGUUACUGGCAGAGAGGCCCUCUGGAAGGGCAGCAAACACUCUGAACCCCUCCCCCCCCAUCAUCUCUCUAGCUCCUACUUCUAGCCCCUUUCAAAUCCUUCCUUCCAAAUUCCAUUAUUAGACAGAAAUUGGUGUCUCAUAUGCGAUACCAUUAAGACCACAUCAGCCAGUUCAGUAUAUAAGGCUGGAUUAAGUAAAGGGUGAAAUUUCCCCACUGAGAAAGGUUAAUCAGAUCACCUCCACAAGAGAAGGUAGACUGAGAGCCUCAUUACAUUCUAGGGAUGAUGUGGCUGGUUCCGAGGUUAAGCCAGGCUCUAAGGUGAUGGCAGAAGGAUCUGGAAAACAUCCCGGAGGACCUUAGCAAUAACAUCCACCCCGAUCGGCUGGCUGGUUGUCUGAUGUGUUUUCAGGUUUGCCAGCGAGAAUCGUGGGGGUGCUUCGUUCUUCAGAGCGCAUAACAAUCACCCGGGGCUGGGUGCAACCUUUGGGACUUAGCCUCCCAGUGAUGUGGGGCCGCACCCUGGGGAACCGGUUGACUUCACAAACGGGGCCACCAGCGUCCUCGCUCCGGGCGGAGCCACCUGUGCCCCAGGCCCCUGGCCAGGCCCCGACGGCUCCUCGCGGGUUUCCAGUAGGAUAGUGCUGUCCACUGCUGAGAAAGUCAGUUGGGGUCUGGAGGAAGCACAGUUGUAUCUGGAACCACCGGCAGUAGAGAGCCACAAGGCGGCGACUGUGAGCUUUCGGGUACUGCGCAGACACCUGGAGAUAGAUGUCUGGGGAUGCCUCCAGAAGCUUGGGGAGAGGCAGCUGCCCUCCAGGACCAGUCCCAGAGGGUGUGAUCCGCAUCUACAGCAUGAGGUUCUGCCCCUACUCACACAGGGCACGCCUGGUCCUCAAGGCCAAAGGCAUCAGGCACGAAGUUAUCAACAUUAACCUGAAAAACAAGCCUGAGUGGUACUAUACAAAACAUCCUUUCGGCCAGAUUCCUGUCCUGGAGAACAGCCAGAGUCAACUUAUCUACGAAUCCGUCAUCGCUUGCGAGUACCUCGAUGACAUCUACCCAGGAAGGAAGCUGUUUCCAUAUGACCCUUAUGAACGAGCUCGCCAGAAGAUGUUACUGGAGCUAUUCUGUAAGGUCCCACACUUAACCAAGGAAUGUCUAGUAGCGCUGAGAUGCGGGAGAGAGUGUGUGGACCUGAAGGCUGCCCUACGUCAGGAGUUCUGCAACCUGGAAGAGAUUCUUGAAUAUCAGAACACUACGUUCUUUGGUGGAGACCGUAUAUCCAUGAUUGAUUACCUCUUCUGGCCCUGGUUUGAGCGGCUGGAUGUAUAUGGACUAUCUGAUUGCGUGAAUCACACCCCGAUGCUGAGGCUCUGGAUAGCCACCAUGAAGCAGGACCCCACAGUCUGUGCCCUGCUCAUUGAUAAGAACGUAUUCUUAGGCUUCCUGAAUCUCUAUUUUCAGAACAACCCUGCUGCUUUUGACUUUGGGCUGCGUGUCCCAGCCAUUCGCUUCUCUAGAAAGCGCCCAGCUCUGAUGUGGAAGUGCAUUUGGGAGCUAGAGUGACUGCUGGCUCCUUGGCCUUUGCUAUUCUUCAGAAGUCUCUCUGGAGAGAAGAAAUCCUGAGGAGGAGGAAGGGAAGGAGGAAGAACAAAGAGAAAGAAACCAACCACACACACUCUGAAAUACUAUUCUCUUAGCAGAGAAACUCUGCUGCCCACACGGGAAUGCAUGCGUAUCAUUCCUGUUCAAACUUUGGCCAUGGGCCUGGGAGACACCCAAGGGUCUUGUGACUGGAAAGAAUUCCAAAGCAGGAAAUGAAACACCCGUUUUUCACCCUGGACCAAAUACGUCAGAAUCUCACUGGUGUUACUGGAGCUCAGGAUGUCUCACAUAGUGUUUUAUUAGCCAGCAUCCUGCCUCCCAAACACCCGCCCCUCUAAUCCCAGUCACAGGCAAAGGUCACUGCUGGAUGUGCGUCACACACUCGGUUGGUUCCAACAGAUGCCUCUGUUGCUUCUUGGGUACCAGAUCCUGGACCACGGGGAGGGGAGGAUAACACUGAUGAAGACACGGACCUGCCCCAUGGACCUCCUAUCUCCACAUCAAGUUGGCCCAAGUGUUUGCUGCAGUGUGGACAGUUUGUCUUGGCUUCCAUGUAGCCAUCAGCUUGACCAGGCAGUGCCGUGCCACCAGAGACUGAGAUGCCAGUGAGCUGUGGAAAGUGGCUGGUCUGCCAGCAGGUGCCUUCAACAGAGACUGCUGCCACUUUCUUUGGAGGAGGAUCGACACUGUCCCUUGCUCUGUGUGUGUCCUUCUAUGCCAGUGUGUCCUAGCAGCCUGGGAUCAUUUUGGCUUUGUUCUCCCUUCGUAUUCUUCCGGCCUUCAGCAUCCCCAGCCACACCCAGAAGCCAGGCAACAGCAAGUGUGACGUUUUGACUUCUCCAUGCCCCUGCUUUGGACUCUCCAGACCAAUCCCCCUCUCUCCUGGCAUCUCAGAAUGGCACUGCUGUCUGCUGGCUGAGGGCUUAUUUUACACCAGGUACUACUCCAUGCCAGGUGCACAUAGGCAGGCCUCUUUGGUUAGAUGACCAGGCCUGCCAGAACAGGCACCAUGUGACAGUCAGUCAGUCUGUGGUACCAUCUGCUCCGGAUGUGGUGCCCUGUUGCCAUGGUACCCAAGUUACUGUAGAGUCGAAUCUGUGACUCAUUAUUCCCUAGGAUCUAUGCUUGGAAAGAAGGAAUGGUUCCUGUGGUCUCCGCUAGGACUGCAGGGACUGGCGAGCUCUGCAGGUGUCUAGAGAGGCUCCAGCCUGUGACUGAGCUGCUGCGGUACACAGAAAAUGCUUAUCUCCGAGUUAGAGAGGUAGAGGUAUACUCUCGAGGCUUCACAGAGUAGCUUACAAAACUUGAAGAACCUGGAAACAUGGGCUGGAGAAAAGUGCUCAUGGGGAGAGAGGUUGCGGGCUGAUGGCCCUUACCCUCAUCUGGGCCUUGAAUGGCCUUUGAGUAUGUGGGUGUGCGGGUUCACGUGGGUCGGUGAAAUGAAGACUCAGACACCUUUAGAAGGCACGUAGCCUCCGUGGGUGCCGGGGCCGCGGUCUUGGUGAACUGAAGCGUUUUCCCUUUGCCUCUUGGCCUCUUUAUUUUUUUUUUCCUGUAUUUACACUUUAGCCAGUAGAUUUCCAUAUCUCAAAACAAAACCAAGUUUUCUACAAUACAAUGCCAGGUGCAAAUACCUGAUUCACGAGGUACCACGGUUUCCCCAGUUUCCUCUAAACCAAGUUUUGUAUAGGCUUUGUAUCCAUGGGAAACUCUCAGACAAGAGUCACACAGGGCUGUUGUAGGUUUCUGUAACACAAAAGCUGGAUUAGGGGCGGAGUGAAAACUCCAGAGCUAGGCCAGGUGUAGCCCAGUGGAGGUUGUUCCCUAACCUCUGGCUCCAGACCACAUGCCGGGGUCCUGGUUUCAGUCACCGCCUUGACCUAAUU